UUUCAUUUAAGGAUACAUAUAUAUAUAUAUAUAUUUAUAAUGUUACGGUUUAAGAAACACGAAAAGAAAGAAGAAGUGGAUAAAGCAGUCGAACAACGAUCUUCACAAACAGAAAAAACUAACUCAAGUAACAAGGAUGAAAAACGGUCAAAUUAUUCUUCCAGAGAUAGAUCUCAUUCACCUAGAAGACAUCGUUCUCCUGAUAGACGUCGUUCUCCAGAUGAUCGUCAUCGACGCCACCACCGUAGAUCACUUUCGCCCAGAAGAAGAGAAGACAGAUCAUCUAGAAGAUAUUCUUCCCGAUCAAGAUCACCUCCACAUCAUCGACGUCACCGAUCACGUAGUCCUUCACCUGUGAAAAAGAAGAAAUCAUCGACAGAAAAGAAAAAACCAGCCAGACCUAGCUUUGCUUAUAAACUGAUUGAACUCGAAAUCAAUGAUCGUUUGGGUAAAAAAGUACGUGUUAAGUGUAGUCCUAAGGAUACUGUAGGUGAUUUCAAAAAGUUGGCUGCGGCUCAAAUUGGUACUGAACCUCAAAAGAUUGUAUUGAAAAAAUGGUACAAGGAAUUCAAGGAUCAUAUCACAUUGGAAGAUUAUGAAUUAAACGAUGGCAUGAAUGUGGAAUUGUAUUACCGAUAGAAUAGUUCUACCAUUUUAUUAUACGUUUGAUUUUACCUUUUUUGAAUAAAGAAAUCAUUUACCAAA